AUGGCCUCUAAUCUAAAAGUCAUCUUCCUCUUUCUUUGGUUGCUUCAGCGUGGAGGGGGGCAUGUCGAUGUGCAGCAGGAACCUCCGAUCCAGGUUGCACUGCUCGAGGAAAAAACAUCCAUCCCCUGUAAGGUCUCCUUCCCUUACAUGCUGGAAUACACCAAUUUUUCAAUCUUCUAUUACUGGAUUAAUUCACUGGACCAGAAAACAUACAUCUCUAGUAGGAAGAAUGUCCAUAUAUCCAUCCCUCCUGGAAAAGAGAGUAAGACUGCUACCAUACAUUACAACCUCAGUAUCACGCUACACAAAAACACCUUUUCUACUGGAACAUACUACUGCAAAGUCAAAUGGAAUGACGUCCAGAAAAUGGGAAAGGGAGUGUUUGUCCUUGCUAGAGGCACAGGGUAUGUAGAGACCUCUGAUGGGUGGGAAAUCCUCGUUACCUUUACUGCUCUUCUUGCUGCUCUGAGCAUCACCGCAACCGCUCUGCUUCUGUGGAAAAGAAAGGUGGUGUGCCCUAGAAGGAACCAGCUCAAUUUCCUGAGACAGAAGGUGGAAACGCAGUCCCCUUCAGCCGGCCCACCUCCACCACCGCCACCACCUCCUGUCUAUGACUGCCUGGAUUUGCAGCAAGUUGAGGUCUACUCUACCCUCGAGAAUAACACCAACAACCCACCACCCAGAACGAGUACUCCAGGGAAGUCACCAAAGAAGCAGGCAACUCUGGAAGAAUCCUCUGAUACACUGUAUGAGAAUAUCUAG